CCGUUUCAGUUUAUUCUUGAUGUUGGACACGUUAAGAUCAGUUAACUGCAGUGCAAGUGCGAAAAAAAAUGUCAUUGCUAGAACAGAUUCUACAUGCAACCAAUGCAGAUUAUAUAAAUAUCAACGGUGAUCGGCAAAUAUUUACAAAUCAUUAUAAUGUACUGCGAAAUUCGAUCUACAAAACGCUGCAGGAGGAACAGCCACUUGGCAAAUGGUUGUGUGGCCACAAAUUGGGUGGAAGUUAUGCGGACAAUUUGAAGAUUACGAAACCGGACGAAUUUGAUUUGGUAAUUCAUUUGGUGUUUCCCGAGAAUGACAGGAUUAUUGUGAAAAAGGAUCCCAGGCGACCCGGCAAUGUUACCUUGGACAUGACCGAGGUGCUAAACGCUCUGGAGAAACAGGAGCACAACCAGCUCUCUUACACGUAUUUGAAAAAAUUAGUCACGAACAGGAAUUUGCUGCUCGAGGACAAGAUGCAGAACAUGAUACAGGGCGCCGUGACACGGGCUCUAAACAAAAUGGGCAACAAAAUCGAGGUCAACGGAAGGGUCACGCCAAUUGUCUACAGGCGAUGCGGCCCGGCACACACGAUGUUUAUCAACGACAGGGAUAUUAAAUACUCGGUGGACUUUGUGCCAGCCAUUAGGUUGAUUGCCAGACAAAAUAUUUUGGAGCCAGAGCAGCUUAGGUUUUUUAAGGAUAUUCGGUAUUGGGACGCGAUACCGAAACCCUUGAAGCCAUUUGAAGCGAACAACGUGUCCUUUCGCGCCUCCUACUACGAUGCCGAAAAUGUUAUGAUCAAGGGCAAGCAAAAGCUGAAGGAAACUAUUAAAUUUAUGAAGAAGUUUCGCGAUAGCAAACAAAAUAUGAACAAUCUGAAGAGCUAUUAUAUCAAGACCCUGUUUCUGUGGCAAAUCAAGGCCAAAUCCGACGCCUAUUGGAGUACCAAGACGCUAAAGGAUAUAUUGAUAGACAUGUGCAGAGAAUUGAAGACUUCCUUGGCAACGUCUGGCCGCAAUGGUAAGCUGCUCUUUUUCUGGGAUCCCAAACUGGACUUGUUUGCCGCAUUCACACAACGUCAACGCGACGAUAUGUUCAACUGCGUCGUGGCACAUAUUUAUACGCUCGAGCGCGCCGAUGGCAACUUGACGGCGGAUAUUGACAGAAAUGUCAGAUCCUCGUUCAGCACACGCGCGGAACGCCUCAGCCAAGACGAGCAAAGGAAUGGACGACAGACGGGGGCAGCUCCAAACCAGCAGUCAGCUCCAAAAAACCAGUCAGCUCCAAAGCAGCAGCCAGCUCCAAAAAACCAGACAGCUCCAAGGCAACAGCCAGCUCAAAGGCAACCGCCAGCUCCAAGUCAACAGUCUCCGGCAGAGUUCAGUAGCUGUUGCAUUGCGUAACGUAGCUGUCGGUGUGAGUUUCAAGACUUUAUUAACAGCAAAAUGUAAAGAAGUUGUUUAUAUAGUUUGUAUAAUUCGUUGCAGCUUAGUCCUAGUAGAUGAACGCGUGAAGUCCUCGUCCUUUAAGUCGCUUACAAGCCGCCGCCGGA